UUCCGGAAGACGUGGCGGCUCGGGCCCGGGCGGCGUCCCCGUGGCUCUCCUCCGGAUUAGGCUUCGCAGCGUGGGCCCCGAGGCACCGCGGUCUUCGCCGCCGCCGCCGCCAUGAUCUCCCUCACGGACACGCAGAAAAUUGGCAUGGGCUUAACAGGAUUUGGAGUGUUUUUCCUGUUCUUUGGAAUGAUUCUCUUUUUUGACAAAGCGCUGCUGGCUAUUGGAAAUGUUCUGUUUGUGGCUGGCUUGGCUUUUGUAAUUGGUCUAGAAAGAACAUUCAGAUUCUUCUUCCAGAAACAAAAAGUGAAGGCCACUGGAUUUUUCCUGGGUGGUGUGUUCGUGGUUCUCAUUGGAUGGCCUUUGAUAGGCAUGAUCUUCGAAAUUUAUGGAUUCUUUCUUUUGUUCAGGGGCUUCUUUCCUGUGGUCAUUGGCUUUAUCAGAAGAGUGCCUAUCCUUGGAUCCCUCCUAAAUCUACCUGGAAUCAGAUCGUUUGUAGAUAAAGUUGGAGAAAGCAACAAUAUGGUAUAACAGCGAGGGAAGUGAAGACUUUAAAUGCUAUACUAUUUAUAAAACCCUUUGAAGAAUAUCCAGCACAAAGUUAAGUUUCACAAACUAGCUUGUAAAAUCCUUCCAGAAGUCUAAAACAUACACCCUCCAAAGUUCCAACAGUUGCCGAAGAAACAGUGACAGCAGACUUGUGGUCAGGCGAUCUGAGAUCCGCGGCUGGAGAGGAUGAAGUCUUGACGAUGCUUAGUGACUGGAAGGCUGUUUCUUAGUUUUGCUGCAACGUUGGAAACAGCCAUCCAUAGAGAACCAUGGUGUCUGUUACUUUUUUUUUAGAAGAUUCAGGAACACAGAUAGGCAUUUGAUUUUUUUUUUUUAUAAUGUCUAUUUUGGUGGCCCAGAUAUUUCUAGGUGUGCUGGGUCACCAGUAAUGAUACCUGAAUUGGAUUAGAUUAUGUCGUCUCCGUGUAUCAGCCCAGGGAAAGCCCAGUUUCAUGUGUGAAUCACUUUUUUUUGUAAACAUGAAAAUAAAACUUUUGUGAUCCUUUUGAAUCUUUA